AUACGGAUCUUGAUUUCUGUGUGUCAUGCUGCUCUCAUUUAGGACAGAGCGGUUGUAGUGUUGUCAGGACAGUCCUUAUAAUUAUUGGGUGUCUUCUGGAUCAAUGUAACUUCAUCAUACCUGCCGUGAAAUAUAUUCAAUCUGUGAGUUACUGGUUCCUUAAAUAUCAAGAUGGGUUCUACAGCUGCCCCGGUGAUAUUUACGGUCUCAACCACCAACAAUGACUCUAAUAAAACGACCUGCAACACCCUCUACGCCCACCGGGACUACGCCAGGGUCCUCAUGCCACUUUUCUAUUUCAUUGUGUUUGUCGUGGGGCUGCUUGGUAACUGCCUCGCCCUGCAUGUCAUCCGUCCCAAUUUGAAGAAGAUUAACUCCACCACCCUGUACUCCCUCAACCUGGUCGUCUCGGACAUCCUCUUUACCCUCUCUCUGCCUUUGAGGAUGGUCUACUACGCCAUGGGCUUCCACUGGCCUUUGGGCGAGGUGCUGUGCAAGAUCUCCGGAAUCAUCUUCUACAUCAACACCUACGCCGGGGUCAACUUCAUGACCUGUCUCAGUGUGGACCGGUUUAUCGCUGUGGUCCUGCCUCUGCGUUUCGCACGACUCAGGAAGGUCAGUAAUGUGCGCUACAUCUGUGUUGGGGUGUGGCUGCUGGUCCUGGCACAGACCCUCCCCCUGGUGGGCAUGCCCAUGACCAACAAAGAACCUGAAGGCUUCAUCACCUGUAUGGAAUACCCCAACUUUGAGAAGGUCGACCACAUCGCAACUAUCCUGCUUGGUGCUGUCUUCCUUGGUUUUGUCCUGCCUGUGUCGACCAUUCUCAUAUGUUACUCUGUGUUGUGCUCCAAACUCCACUUUUCAGCCAAGUCCAACCAUUUGACGGGAAAGUCUGGCCGGAGCCAAAAGGCCAUUGGUGUGAUCUGCUGCGUUUCCGUAGUGUUUAUUAUUUGUUACAGCCCCUACCACAUCGACAUCCUACAGUACAUGAUCCGCAAAUUAGUGUCUAGCCCUGAUUGCGCCGAUCUCACAGCCUUUCAGAUAUCGCUGCACAUAACUGUGUGUCUGAUGAACCUCAACUCCUGUUUGGAUCCGUUUAUCUACUUCUUUGCCUGUAAGGGCUACAAGAGGAAACUUCGUAAGCUGCUGAGGCUUCAGGUCAGCAUGUCCUUCUCCAGUGCAGUGAGGACGUCGCCUGAAGGCUCCUCCAAGGACAUUGUUGAGGGCAACAAGAUCCCACUCAACAGCUCUAUAGUAGGUUCAACCAGUGAAAGACUAACAGAGAGGAGAUUCCGCCAGGAAGAGUAAAUGAGAAAACUGGCACCAGUAACUCAAGAUGAAAGGACUGUUUACGCAUGGGUCUGCUUUAAUCCGAACCAGUCUAAUAGAGUUUGAACAUUGAAAUGGACUGCCUUCAGGGACUCCAAGCAGCUAUACUUAGCACCUGGAACCAUACAAAACAAAGCUCUUUUGGAUGAGACUUGUGUCCAUCAGAAAAGGUUUAUAAAGGAACAUGGACCAAAUGAAUCAACAUUUUUUGAACAGAAAUUCAUCACUUCCUGUAUUUGUGAAUUUAUCCGAAAAGCAAAGAUAACAAACUGCAGCUAAGGAAAUAUUUAAUUAAGCAUGCUUCUCUCCUGCCCGUAGACUGGGCGUUCAUGAGGAAGAACAUGUUGGAAGUGGACAGUCGAUCCGAUACAGUCAUAGCCUUAUUCAAAUGUCUAUUGACUGAAAAAUGUUGUCAAAGCUAGCCUCAUGUACAGUAUGUGAAGAGUAAAGCAGGAUACUCAUCUGAAAAUUACUUUUUGAAAGAAAAGAAAGUAAUAUUUGCAACCGGAAAGUGACCUCACGUCUGAUCACAUCCUCAUUGUGUUACUUUAAUGAACUGAGAUGUAAAGGCAGAAGUAGUUUUCAUUCCCAAAUGAAUCAAAAUCUCAGGUUAUUUGCCUCAAGCUUCAUUUCUGCAAACUGUUGUAAUGUCUCAGGAAACGAUACACUGUGCAAUUGUCUUGCAAAGGAAUAUACAUGUAUUGGUUUGAAAAGCACCACAUAUGUUUCAGUUUUAACAUGACCAUAGUUGUUCUUGUGGUUAAAGUGUUUGUAGUAUAUAUUGUCAUUUAAUUCAAAGGGGCCCUGUGAGGUUUUGCUUCUACAGAAGAUGUGUUUACUUCCAGUGUAUUCCCUGCAAUGUGUGUUUCAUUUAGGUCUAACAAAUGUUUUGAGUGCAUUUCAUUCCUCAUUAAACAUUUGCAAAGCCA